UAUACAGACUGUAGCAAACAGGUAGCUAAGCAAAGCAGAGCGCAUACUACAGUUAGUGUCGACAAGUGUGCAGCUCUUUUCCUCGUCGCCAUUAUUUUCUCAUGAUUAAAGCUUCUUCUGAAGACUUGGAUACUUUAAACCAUUGGAUACAAUGGCAGGAUGGUUAUGGAAUGCAAGGUUGUGGAACGAGGAAACAACUUAUGAUGUAAAUGAACGGAUGUCUGUUACUUUGAAAUGUAAAUGUAAUUCUAUCACUGGAACUGUUAAAUGGAUUCAUGGCAACCAGACAUAUUCCCAAUGCAACAAUGAUUCCAACUACGAAGUUAAAUGGAUCAACAAUGAACUUUCACUCAAAAUAAAGUGUGUUGCCGAAUCCGACGGAGGAGAGUAUUUCUGUGAAGUACGUCCUAACGGACAAUUCUUGAAGAGUCAAGCAAUAACAGUCAAUGUGUGGAAUAUUCUCCGAUAUCCUAAAACGAUAUACACGGUUCCGGUAUGCAGGCCGAUAAAACUGACAUGUGUGGUUAAACACCCGAAAUUGUCCACUGCCAUUUAUUGGAUGCACAACGCUAAGCCUAUAAACUUGGAAAGCGGACGGCACACAGUGAUAUCCGAGCCCUCCACGAGUCUGAAAAUAGACAAGGUUUGCACUGAGGAUGCCGGGACUUACGAAUGCAGAGUAUCAGGAAUAAAGUACCCAUCUCAACAUCGGCCAAACAACUCAGUUCUUUUGGAGGUUUUACCUGAGGUAAUCAUCUUGAAAAACAAAUAUGUGGCUCAAAUACACUCCAAAGUAACAUUUGACUGCAAGAUUUAUGGAGCAGACGACUGCACGUGGAACCAUAAUGGCAAGUCGAUAUCUUCAUGCAACAACCGAUUUACAAUCAAUGAGGACAUGUCACUCACAAUAUCACCAGUUCAGCAGUCUGAUGCUGGACGAUAUGUGUGCGAGAUAACAAACUUCCGGACGAAUAAAAGUGCGACUAGUCAGGAAGUGGAACUGUGUACGACCAGUUCAGAGUUCUCAAAAGGCUAUUCAGAAUACUUUCAACCGUCGGAAAGUCAGGAAAUGGAAGAGGAUCUCAUAAAAAGCUUGAGUGCAAAAAUACCUGAUAACAAGGCAUGCUUUUGGUUCAUUGGACAAUAUGGUGCCGGCAAGUCAAGUGCCAUUAGCUCAUUUCUAAGUUGGAGAGAUAGCAGGAUAUCAACAUUAGCUCUUCCUGGAAAAUCACAAGGGUCAUUCACGACUAAGGUAUCUAGUGCUGAAUUACUUGGAGGUAAGGUAACGCUGUAUGACUUCCCUGGUCUGGAAGGCAACAUAGCUGAUAAGCCAGAUCAGUUCAGUUAUAAGCAUUUUGAUGACAUAACAAAGUGCAACAAAGAGGGCGACUCAUUGAAGUGCUGUGUUGUUUAUGUCCUUGACAGCUCAGACAAGAUAACAGCCUGUGAUAUUACAAGAAUGCAACAUUUCAAAAAGUAUACCAAAGAUAGAGAAAAUCUUCAAAUGGUGGUUUUGCUGACCAAGAUAGAUAAAGCAAGUCAAAGUGCGGCAACGGUACGAGAAAUGUUGGAGAGCCAGGAAGUUUGCAAAGUAACACAACAGAUCCAUGACGCCGUUGGAGUUCCUUUGAACUGCAUUUUUGCGAUUUAUAACUACCAUAAACAAAUGGAAAGGGAUUCUGAAAUGAACCUUCUCAUUCUCCAUACAUUUCGCAGUCUCUUGGAAAGGUUGCUGGACAUUUAUGCACGCCUUGACAGUAAGAAAGUAGUUCCGACAUAAACACCAAAAUGAACAAACAAGUUACCUGGAUAUAUUGACUUUCAACUCCAACAAUACAAUAUCCUGACUGUUUAACAGUGUGCUAAAGACCAGUGGCAGGAAGUUAACUUUUUUCUUGAUUGACUAAAGCUUUGACAAAUUCAAUUUUGAAAAAGAUUAGGUUUCGAACCCUGGACCUCAUAUCAUUAUAAUGUCACUCUUACCAACUAAACUAACUUAUCAACUGUAGAUUCCUGUCCCAAUCAAAUCACAAUUAAAAAAACGAAAGAAAGGUACUAUAUAAACUUGUAUGCGUGUAAGAUGUCUUCGGUAGACGUUACCGUUGAUGAAGAUUAAAAAAAUGCAUCAGCAUAGCCCAAUCUGACAGAAGAUUAUGGAUCUUUGAAUGUUUUGCAUUGACAUUUUUGGUAUUUGUUGACAUCUUCUGUCAUUUGUAGAUAUUGUUUGAAUAUACUUGUUACAUUUACUUGUUUUGUUUUUGCCUCAGUGACAUAAAAGUUUCUGUAAAUUACAAAGCUUGUUAAAAGGUCAUUUCCUUCAUUAUAUUUCGAGUAUUCUAUCUUGUAUCCAAUUGCUUUUUUAGUUUUUUAGAGUCAACAUAUCUUUUUUAUAUCCUAGUUUUUCAAAAAAUAUAUAUAUGAUUGUCUUGUGAAAAUUUUGUAAAUAUUUAUAUUUUAUGAAAAAUGUUCAUAAUCUUUUAUAGUGUUGCAGACAGUUUGGUGUUUCACUUAUUUUCCAUUGCUGCAGAAUUUGCUUUGAUGUAAGGAUUUUGUUUAUUAGUUUCCAUUUAUAUUCUUUCAGCUUGUUGUUUAUUAAGUAUUGAAAGACAAAAUAAUUUGUAUAUUUCAAUUGGCUGUUUUAUUGAACUUGUUCUCCCAGGAUAUUCUUGCGAUUGGUUUUUCAGAACGCAUUUUGACUUAGUGUUCGUAGAUUGUUUAAUUAUUACAGUUUUUAAUGGUUACUGUUCCUAGUUUUGGGAUUUUGAUGACCGGAUUUUAACUUUAAAGUUAUGCAUGUUAACAUUACUUUCUUUAAUUUUGGUUUUUGAUAUUGCUUCUUUUUAAUGUGGAUAGUUCUGAUAGCCAAUUAGUUUCAUUUGUUAAUUUUCCAUGCAUUAACAUUUAUUUCUACAUUGUGUUGUAAUGAAUCUUUGAUAGUUACAAUGUCUGAUUCUAUCCAUUUUUUAAAACAUAUGGUUUUACCUUUCAUCUGUAUAUGUCUUUUUCCCCCAUAUAAUUUGAGCUAACAUGGUGUUAUAAUGUUUUGGUUCUUUGUUUGGUUCUAGCAGUUUGAUCCAUGCUGCUAUGAUUUCAUAAUAGAAAGGGGAUAGAUUUUCACUUUUUGAGAGAUUUUUUAAGUUGUCUAGAUUCAUUUUACAUAUAAGCAUAUUUUUGCCGAAAGUGUUUAGUUGUAGCAUUGGGUUAAUUUUCCAUAAUGCAGCUUCCUAUAUGAUAACAGCUUUUUUUCAGCCAGCUUAUUCUUAAUGUAUCAAUAUGUGAUCUUAUAUCGAUUGAGUUGAGCCCACCUUCAGUGUAUGGUCUGAUUAUUAUAUUUCUUUUUACCUUUUUUCGCUUGUAAUUAUAUAUCAACUUUUCAAAUUAUUUUAAUAUGUUUUGAGGUACAUAUAAUACAGAUAUUAGGUAUGUUAAUUGUGGUACUAGCAGUGAUUUUACUAUUUGUAUUCUCCCUAUUAUAGUAAGUUUUCUGAUUUUCCAAUUGUUUAUUAGUUUUUUAACUUUAUCCAGUUUACUUUUCCAAUUUAAGUGUAGUGUUUGUUGCUUAUUUAGUCCAAAGUGAACUCCUAGUGCUUUGAUUGUAAUAUCAGUCCAUGCAAUUCCUUCAAAAUUGUCGUUGAUCUGUGUCUGAUUACCUGGUAUGAGUUCUUUUGACUUCUCUCUAUUCAAUAUUAGACCAGAGUAGGUUCCAAAUGUUUCUAUUAUAUUUAGUGAUUUAGUAAUAUCAUGUUUUGUCUUUAAGAACAGUGUUGUGUCGUCUGCUAGUUGUGAUAUUUUGUACGGUAUGUUUUGCUGAUUUUGUAUUGCUAUUCCUUGUAUGUUUUGAUUGCUUCUGAUUCUUAUAGCCAUUACUUCUGCUGCCAUAACGAACAAUAAUGUGGAUGCAGGACAACCCUGUCUUUUACCACGUGAUAUUUUGAUUGGAUCUUAGAUCCAUCCAUGAUUGUUAAUUACACAGAUUAUUCAUUCAAAAAUCAUUAUAUAAUGUUUUUAUCCAAUUUAUAAAUGAGUUAUUGAAGCCAAAUUUUGGCAUUGUUUGAUAAAUAAAUUCCCAUUCCAUGGUAUCGAAAGUUUUAGCGAAGUCUAAAAAUAAUAUUGUUCCAUUCAUUUUAUUUUUUUCUGCAUUAUCAAUUAUGUCUUGAAUUUGUCGGAUGGUAUAACCUAUGUAUCAAAUUUAAUGAAGCCGUUUUGGUCGGUGUUAAAAAAGUUUGGGAGUAGUGGUUUGAUCCUUUCCGCAUCGUGCUGGUAUCUUGUAGUUUACGUUGAGUAAUGUGAUAGGACGCCAGUUUUUUUAAGUCAAGAGGGUCAUCUUUCUUAAAUAUUAAGGAGAGUGCCAUUUGUCUUUGUAAUUUUGUUAUUUUUCUUUUUUUUUUGUAACUUGUAUUGUAGCAAUUUAAUAAAAUGUGCGGUCUCCACCAACUCCAGCUGAAGAGCUAGAGUCAGGAUCAAAGGCAAAAAAGAAACAAAGAGACAAGUCAGUAUGAUUUCAAAAAACAACUAUAUACUUGUGGAUCAUUAUAGACAGUAUGUUAAGUACUCACUAUUGUUGAUUUAUAUGUAUACAUAUGUCUGUGGACUAAUA